AUGCCAAUUCAACAUUUUUCAUUGGAAAAAACAACCAAUUAUACUCCAACACCAUCAAUUCAAUUAACCAAUGGAAAUGAAUGUAAAGUAUUGAUUGCUAUUACUGUUCCAACACGUAAUUGGAAAUAUAUCUUCAAAGUACGUACAGAUAUCUUAAUUAGUGAAUUAAGAAAACAAGCUAUAGAAACAUAUAAUUUAAAAGAAAUAAAUUUUAUUAAUUAUGGUUUAUAUUUACCACCAGAUUGUGGUAAAAAAGGCAAAUUUUUACAAGAUGAACGUACUAUAUCAGAAUAUCCUCAAUUAGUUGCUAUAAAAUUAAAUUUAUUAAAUAAUGAACAAUUAAUAAAUGAUACAGAAUUAAUUAAUGAUAAUAAAUCUAAAGAACCAGUUGUAUUAGAGCUUCUGCCAAAAAUUCGUUUUGUUGAAGAAUAUCGUCUAGAAGGAUCAAAGUCAAUAACUAAACGAAUUAAUUCAAAACAUCAUCAAAAACGUUUAUUAUCUGCUAUAAAACGUGAUGAUAUUGGACGUGUUACAGAUUUAUUAGAACAAGGUUUAGAUCCAAAUUUUCAGUAUCCAUCUAGUGGAGUGAUACCAUUAGGUUGUGCAGCAGAAUUAGCUGAUCCACGUGAAAUGAUAUUACAACUUGUCAAUGCUGGAGCACAUUUAGAUUAUCGAGAUUCAGAUACAAUGACUGCAUUACAUAGAGCUGCAAUUAAUGGAAAUUUCAAAGCUAUUGAGGUAUUUUUAGAACUAGGACAAAAUCCUAAUGUACGUGAUAAAAAUGAUUUAACACCAUUAUAUUAUGCUUGUUCAGAAGAUAUUCGACCAGAAUGUAUUCAACGUUUACUAUAUGAUCAUGCUAUACUUGGUGUAACCGAUGAUAAAGGUAGACAAGAAAUUCAUCAAGCUUGUUUAAAUGGUCGUAGUAAAACAUUAAAACAAUUAAUUAUUUAUGGAGCUGAUUUAAAUGCUCAAGUUGAAAAUCAUAAUACACCAUUACAUUUAUGUGUAUUAGCUGAUGAAAUGGAAUGUUUAUUAUUAUUAUUACGUUAUGGUGCAUCACCAACAAUAAUUAAUUCAUCUGGACAAACACCAUAUGAAUUAGCUAUACUUAUUGAACGUAUGAAUUUAGCUAAAAUUUUACAAAAUUUUGAUGAAAAUUUAAUUGAGGGAAUCGAUCAAAAACCUGUAUACAAUAAAGAUAGACGACCGACAAUUCAUGGUCCAAGAGCAGUGUACGACAGUGUUCACUUUCCUCAAUAUAACAAUAAUAAUAAUGGUAAUAAUAAUAAUAACAGUAACCCAACAAGUACCCGUAAACCAAGUAAAGCUAUGUCAGUCGAUAGAGAAUUACCUCCAACUCCUAAUCAAAGAUGUUUAUCAUUUGAUAUGAAUGAUUUAAGACAAAUUACACCAAAACGAAUCAAUCAAUAUGUAUUUCAUAAUAAAGUUGAUUUUCGUACUCCAGAUAUUGUUCGACGUAAUAGUGUCGAUAAAAGAGAGGGUACUAUGAACAAUAACAAUAUUAGCAACAGCAGCAACAACAACAGGCCUUCAUUAUCUAUUCGACGACAAAUGACUUAUAGUAAUGACAAUGAUAAUUAUGGAGGAACAAUUUAUAAUCAUAAUAAUUUACAAGGUAUUCCCAAAUUUUCUCGACGAUUAAAUUUCAUAAGACAACGUUAUCCAAAUUAUUGUUUACGUUCAAUCAUUUUGGAACGUGGAACAACUGGUUACGGUUUUAUUAUGCAAGGAUCAGAUAAUUUCAAAGAACGUUCAUUUAUUGCUAACAAUUUACCCAGUCAAAGUAUUUUAACCGUUCAACCAAAUAGUAAAGCAGAAAAAGCUGGACUUGCUCCAGGUGAUUAUAUACUUGAGAUUAAUGGUAUAGAUGUUUAUGAUGCAACCCAUAAAGAAGUAGUUGAUUUGAUUACAACAACAAAAGAUAUGUUACAAUUAAAAAUUAUUCAUUUUCAACAAUUACCAGAAAUUCAACCAAGAGUUAUUAACGGCAACCAUAACAAUAAUAAUACGAACGCAAAUCUCAACCACAGUAAUAACAAUACCAAAAUGAUGAAUCGAACUAGUUUUGUACGUGCUGAUCUUAGACGACGUAAUACACAACGUUCUACAAGUGUUGAUAUGGCAAGGAUUAAUCGACCGCUGAGUAUUGAUAAUAAUAUAAUGGCUAAUAAUCAUAAAAUUACCACUACUACUAAUACUACUUUUAGUACUACUACUAACAAUGAUUAUAACAGUGGUAGUAGUACUAAUAAUGACCAAGUUACCAAAUCCAUCUUACCAGAUCAAAAGUUUUCAUCUGAACAACAUUUUCGCCGUCUCGUCAGUGAUACAGGGAACAAUACUAAUAAUAAUACUACUAAUAAUAAUAGUUAUCGCCGAUCAAUUCAAUCAUUGAACCCUGGUAAAUCACAAUCAGCCGUUUUAAUCAUUGAAAAUGAAACUGACCAAUUGAAAAAUUCAUUAGGAACAACAAUAACAACACAACCAUUAUCAUCGCCACAUAUUAUUAAUAAAUAUGCUUAUACUACUAAUAUUAAUAAUAGUAGUAGUGAAUUGAAACAACCUGAAAUUGAUCAAUCAACAAUUACUAUCCAUAAUGGAUUAACUAAUAAACAAGAUCAACAUCAAUUCAUUAUGAAAUCAUUAUCAUCUUCAUCAUCAACAACCCCAUUAUCACCAUCAUCAUCAUCAUUCUCUUCGCAGCCUCAUUUAUAUUCAUCAUCAUCAUCUCCAUUAAAGUAUAAACAAGAUAAUAAAACAAUCCAUUCAUUAAAACCAUUUGAACCAUUCACACAAAAUACUGAUUAUUCCAUUAGUCAUAGUCAACAUCAUCCUCAUCAUCAUCAUAAUUUAACUGAUAGUAAAUGGGAUUCUGAAUCAGAUCUAUUGAAUAUAUCAGAAAUCACUGAGAUUUCUGUGAAUUCAAUGAAUGAUGGAAACUUUAAAAAGAUCAUGAAUUUAAAUCGUAAGUGUAAUAUUGGCCAAGUCGAAGAACAUGAGAAACCGACGAAUAUGAUGAAUCCAUCAUCAGUUGUGAUAACACCGUCAUUAUUGUUGUCGUCGUCAUCAUCAUCAAUAUCAUCACCAGUAAAGAAUAGAUUGACUAUUAAAGUUAACUCUAAUAUGAAUGGUAAAAUGAGAUCCAUACAUUCGGAACCAUUGCUUUAUCAAAUGAAAACUGAAACGGACCAUGAUAACAAUAACAAUAAUAAUCAUUCAUGUAAUGAUGUCGAAAUCUCUACAGUACCGAAAACUUCAAUCAACAAUAACUUGAUAUUAAAUGGUCAUGAAAUUGAUGAUGAUGAAUCAGAUUCAUGUCUAAUUUAA